UCGUCGUCUUCCUGCGCCGACGAGGGUUUAGGGUUUUUGCGCAAUCCUCGUUCGAUCUCGAAUCGCUCCCCCAAUCCAUGGCCGCUCCCCAUCCGUCAACCCACCUCAAAUCCCAGAAGAAGAGCAGGAAGAACCAAACCCCCGAAGCCAAUUUCCAGGUCGCCCUGAACUCGCUGUCCAAGACCCGAGAUCUGCCGGGCGCGAUCGCCCUGUACGAGGGAGCCGCCGCAUCGCGGGGGGUCCGCCUCAACCAGCACCAUUUCAAUGCCCUCCUCUACAUCUGCUCCAACGCCGUGGCCGAGGCUUCGCUCAAGGAGUCGGCCUUGGACCACGGGUUCCGGAUCCACGCCCACAUGGAGUCCUGCGGGGUGGCCCCCAGCGAGGCCACGGUCACCGCGGUGGCGAGGCUCGCCGCGGCGAGAGGGGACGGGGACUACGCCUUCGGGUUGGUUAGGAAGAUGGGGGAGCGCGGGAUCGCGCCCCGCCUGCGCACGUAUGAUCCGGCGUUGUAUUGCUUCUGCGGGGCGCUGGAGGCCGACAAGGCGUACGAGGUGGAGGAGCAUAUGCGGAGCGCGGGGCUGAGUUUGGAGGAGCCGGAGCUGUCGGCGCUGUUGAGGGUUAGCGCGGAGACGGGGAGGGAGGAGAGGGUUUAUGAGUAUCUGCAUAAGUUGAGGGAUUGUGUCCGGUGGGUGAGCGAAGAGACUGCCGUGUCGAUCGAGAGUUGGUUUAGCGGAGAGAAGGCUGUUGGGGUUGGCGAUGCGAAUUACGAUCGAAGCCGUGUUAAAGAUGUGGUUUUGAGGAAUGGAGGGGGAUUUCAUGGUCUCGGGUGGAUUGGGAAGGGAAACUGGGUAGUGAGAAGAGGUAAUGUGGAUGAAAAUGGGGUUUGUAGUUGCUGUGGAGAGCGACUGGCUUGCGUGGAUAUCGAUGAUAUGGAAACCGAGAGCUUUGCCAGUUCUAUUGCAGCAUUGGCCUUUGAAAGGGAGUCAAAGGCAAAUUUUAGUGACUUUCAGGAUUGGCUUGAAAAGCAUGCUGAUUACGAGGCCAUAGUUGAUGGAGCAAACAUUGGCCUCUAUCAACAGAAUUUUGCAGAUGGUGGCUUCAGUGUUCCUCAGCUUGAUGCUGUUGUGAAAGAACUGUAUGGAAGGAGCAAAGGCAAAUGGCCACUUGUUAUCCUGCACAAUAAGCGCCUUAAAGGUCUUUUGGAAAGUUCUCCCCACAAACAGCUGCUUCAGGAAUGGAUAGAUAAGGGUGUUUUGUACACAACACCAAGUGGAUCUAAUGAUGAUUGGUAUUGGCUUUAUGCUGCUGUGAGGCUCAGGUGUCUUCUUCUGACGAACGAUGAAAUGCGAGAUCAUAUUUUUGAACUCCUAGGAAGCAAAUUUUUCUCCAAGUGGAAGGAGAGACAUCAGGUAUUUUUUGUCAAGUUGCCAGAGUUGCCUGAGCUUCUACAUCCCUUUCAGAAUGUUACUAAGGUUCGAUACACAUUUGUAAAAGGUAGUCCAGUGCUUAUAAUGCCACUCCCAUUUUCUCCGGUCAUCCAGGAAUCUGAGACAGGGUCUUGGCAUGUACCUGUCAAGGAUGACAGCAAUGAGGAAAUUGUAAGAACUUGGGUAUGCAUCACCAGGCCAAGCGUCUGCAAGAGUUCCAAUGGAGUUUUAGCAAGUAAAGAGUCUCCUGAAGGUAGCAAUAAUUUCCUUAACAAUCAUAAACUAUUGAAUUCAAGCAAACCAGGAACUACUACAGAGGACAGCAAUGCACUAGGCAGCAUAGGUUUUUCUCAGGAUUGCGUGAAUAAUACAAACAUCAUGACACGUAAAAGAAAAGAGAGGUCUUCAUCUCCUCCGCCAUUGGCAUCUUCUUCUUAGGCGCAGUUUUCAUAACAGCAAAUUAGCAGAGAAAAUGAUUGAAUUUGAUGUUGGAAGUUGAUGAUUGAGAUGCUUUGCUCCGGAAUGAGUUUUGCAAAGAUAUUGUUGUAAUCUGAAUUAUCAAUUUUGUAUGCGAUAAUUCUCCAUGAAUUAUUUUCUACAUUGAAUCACAAGAUCAUUGCCGGUGUA